CAGCGUGAUGGCGGCCAGCAUGGCGGCCAGCAGCUCCACUCACGUCUCCCUCAGGGAGUUCGGCUGCGAGCAAAGUCUCCUGUCUCGCCCCGACGGCUCCGCGUCCUUCGUCCAAGGCGACACCAGCGUGAUGGCAGGAGUGUACGGACCUGCUGAGGUCAAAGUCAGCAAAGAAAUUUACGAUCGGGCAACUCUGGAGGUUCUGGUUCAGCCUAAAGUCGGGCUGCCCAGCGUACGGGAGAGAUCUCAGGAGCAGUGCGUCCGGGAAACCUGCGAGGCGUCUCUGCUGCUGUCGCUCCACCCUCGGUCCUCGCUGACGCUCAUCCUGCAGGAGCUGCAGGACGACGGCUCUCUGCUGUCCUGCUGCCUGAACGCCGCCUGCAUGGCCCUGAUGGACGCCGGGCUGCCCAUGAGCUGCCUCUUCUGCGGCGUCACCUGCGCCAUCGGCCCCGACGGCCAGAUCAUCACCGACCCGACAGCGGCGCAGGAGAAGGAAAGUCGAGCCCUGAUGACGUUCGCCAUCGACAGCAAGGCGCGCAGGGUGAUGAUGUCAUCGACCAGGGGGUCCUUCUCGGUGCACGAGCUGCAGCAGUGUGUCGCCGUCAGCCAGAGCGCGUCAGAGAAGAUCUUCCAGUUCUACCGAGACUCUGUGAGGCGGCGCUACUCCAAGUCGCUCUGACGAGCAGCAGCUUCCUUUUUCUACGUCUGUUUUUUUCUUUUUACUUUUUUAAUAAUACAUAAAAAUACUGAUGUUGUAAUAAAAUAUUUAACGUCC